AUGGAGGCCUCCCUAGCAGCAACUGGCAUGUUGCUCGUGUUGGCCACGAGGCAAAUAAACCAGCACUCCAACCACAACCGCCUCCCCACCCAGAGUAAGAACAGUAGUGAACAGCAGCAGCAGCAGCAGCAGCAGCAGCAGCAGCAGACCUGUGUAGAUGGAGGCCUCCCUAGCAGCAACUGGCAUGUUGCUCGUGUUGGCCACGAGGCAAAUAAACCAGCACUCCAACCACAACCGCCUCCCCACCCAGAGUAA